AGAGAUCUCUCAUGUAUCAGCCACCAGAAGGACAUUUUGCUGCUUGUAAAUCCAGUAACUAAAUUGAUGUUUUACAUUUAAAAGCUAAAUCUCCUCUUUUUAACAUUGUAUUCCCUGGAUGAUUUUUGGCUCGGUGUUUUGCUUCUGCUUCUGCUGUCACUUCAUUGGAGCGAAACGUCGAAAUGAAACGCUACGGCGCCUACAGGUUUCUCUCCGUGUUUUCUUGUCUCCUCGUGAGCGCGUUCUUGUUCGCGUUUUGGUUUUUCGUGUUUUACUCCAUCAUGAACUCGCCGUGAAAAACGCUGAACGCCAAGUUGGGCGCCUAUGCAGGUUUUUUAUUAGCUUUAUUUUUUGUGGAGGAUCGGCCCAGAUUUAGCGGUGUUUGAGCGGAUAUUUCUUCUAUAAUUGAUUUUUUUUUUUUUGGGGUGGUUGAGUGGUUUCUCCAAACAACAACAACAAAGAGAUAAUAUUAAUCAAUAUCGCGAUGUCAUGUUUCUUAGAGCUUUCCCAGCACCUACACAGCGUCCCAGGAAACAAGCUGGUCAAGCCAUACCCAUGUACACCUCUUGCAAUGUGCGGCUCUAUGAAAAUUAAAUAUGCGACUGGACUCGUGGGAAAAUGUCAUGCAUUUAAAUACUGAUUAUCCAAAACUCAUCCACACACACAACACGCAGCUUUUCGUACAAAUAUUCGGAUCAUAAAAACCGUGAGCUAGUCCGCCUUUCCCCAUCACACUGCGGCUGCGCAGGAAGGCGGUCACGUGAUUCAAACAAGGAAGUCCAUGUCUGUAUUUCCAUCAGACAAAACUUUGCUUAAUUCUCCAAUGGCUGCUGAAUCUGUGGAAAAGGCUGCAUCCUGUCCCAAGUUGCAGUUUGCCCCUUUCUCUAGUGCCCUAGAGGCAGGAUUCUGGCAUCAGCUUACCCAGAAGAAACUCAAUGACUACCGUCUUGAUGAAAGUCCAAGAAGCAUCAAGGGUUAUUAUUAUAACGGAGACCCAUCUGGCCUGCCGACCCGCUUGACGCUGGAGUUUAGUGCCUUCGAUGUCAAUGGGCCCACUCCAGCUUACUGCUGUGCUGCUAUGGGAACUCUGUACAACACCAACACACUGGAAGCCUUUAAAUCUACCGACAAGAAAGCACUUCUAGAUGAAGCAGCUAAUGAGAUUUGGACAGCCAUACAAUCUGGUGCUGCUGUGGAAGACCCUUCAAUCCUGAGCAAGUUCAUCAUUUUGACAUUUGCGGAUCUGAAGAAAUACCACUUUUACUACUGGUUCUGUUUCCCUGCGCUCUGCUUCUUGGAAGGAAUUAAGCUUGUGAAGGAUCCGGUGUUACUACAGCAGAAAUUCUCUCCUCAGCAGGUGUCUGCUUUUCAAGCAGCCUAUGACGGGCUAUGUUCAUCUAGUGGAACCACAGCUGUGCCAUAUUUUCUUGUGAAGUACUCUGAGGAGAACGUUGAAGUGGCUCUGCUGAAAGACUGGGACUUAUUCUUCACAGAUCUAAAGAAGGUAACCGUGGGUGUCUAUGACCCAUGCACUCUGCCUCAACAUCCUGGCUGGCCUCUCCGCAAUUUUCUGUUCCUCCUCGCCAGUAAAUGGGGUUCACAGCUGGACGUGCUUGAAAUUGUGUGCUUCAGAGACAGGACACUUCAGGGCUGUCGCUCAGUGCAGCAAAGCCUAGUUUUAGAGGUCAAACUGCCCAGUCUGUCUCCGUCUGCAGCUUGUCCAAAGGGUGUGGGCUGGGAGAAGAACCCCAAAGGAGCAAUGGGACCUAGAAGUGUCAAUCUCAGUGAAUGCAUGGACCCAAAAAGACUUGCAGAAUCAUCAGUGGAUCUUAAUCUGAAGUUGAUGCGCUGGCGGCUUGUCCCCUCUUUGGAUUUGGAUAAAGUUGUGUCCACUAAGUGUCUCUUGCUUGGAGCUGGUACACUGGGCUGCAAUGUGGCAAGGACACUCAUGGGUUGGGGAGUGAGACACAUUACAUUUGUGGACAAUGCAAAGAUCUCCUACUCGAACCCAGUGCGUCAGGCUCUAUAUGAGUUUGAAGACUGCCUGAAUGGAGGGAAAACUAAAGCCUUGGCUGCAGUGGACAGAUUAAAGAAGAUCUUCCCGGGUGUGAAUGCUAAGGGAUUCAACAUGAGCAUCCCCAUGCCCGGCCACCCCGUGAGUUUUUCUGAAGUGACAAUUGCUCAGGCACAGAAAGACGUCGAACAGUUGGAGGAGCUGAUCUCAUCCCAUGACGUUGUCUUCCUGCUUAUGGACACUCGAGAGAGUCGAUGGCUUCCCACCGUCAUCGCAGCUAGCCAGAGAAAGCUUGUCGUGAACGCAGCUCUCGGGUUUGACACCUAUGUUGUAAUGAGACACGGCCUUAAGAAACCCAAAGACUCAGACACAGGAGACUCCAGCCCUUCAUCAUCCUUCUCUGCAUCAGAUUCCUCUUCAUCCUCGACUCCUGCGACACCAGGAACGUCUCUGUUCUCUAACAUACCUGGACACCGACUCGGUUGUUACUUCUGCAAUGAUGUUGUUGCACCUGGUGAUUCGACCCGAGACAGGACUCUGGAUCAGCAGUGUACGGUGAGCAGGCCUGGUCUGGCUAUGAUUGCUGGAGCUUUGGCUGUUGAGCUAAUGGUUUCCAUCCUACAACAUCCAGAGGGAGGCUACGCAGUGGCGAGUGGCAGCAAUGAUCGCAUGAACGAACCACCGACCUCACUCGGCCUCGUCCCACAUCAGAUUCGGGGCUUCCUCUCCAGAUUUGACAAUGUUCUUCCUGCCAGCUUGGCCUUUGAUAAAUGCACUGCCUGCUCACAAGUGGUCCUGGACCAUUAUGAACGUGACAGAUUCCAGUUUUUGUCUAAGGUGUUUAACUCAACUCAUUCCUUCCUGGAGGAUUUGACUGGUCUGACCCUGCUGCAUCAGGAAACACAGGCUGCUGAGAUUUGGGACAUGAGUGACGAUGAAAGUAUUUGAAGACGGAUCCACACCCCCUGACGCACCGGACCCCUCGUUACUGAAACUCUACCAUCACUUACUAUAUUAUUCACAGACAUUCCUCCGGGACGAACUGAUCUGGAUCCAGCGCUCGCGUAUUAAAGAAGACGCACAGUAAAAAUGUUUAUGUGAGCGAUUCUGAUUUACUUCCCGUUUACACGAAAUUGUUUACAUGCAAAAAAUAUUGAUCUAAUAGGAGUCAACAUUCUCAGAAGGUAAUGUGGGACGGAGGAUGUUGCUCAGGUGUAAAUCAGUCAUAAGUCAUGUUUGGUUGAAUUCGGUUUAAACGUGAUCAUAAUGUGAAAUUAAAUAAUUACAGAUAAACGCAUCCUGCUCUAUUUAGAAAAAGGUGAAACCUGGGAACCUGCCGAUGAUCAGAAACGCACUCAUUUUUCCUCCUGCUUUAAUAACAGCACAGCGUGAGAGUGAGCGCAGGCUGCUUUCAGGUCCCCCACAGGUGAUCUGACCAUCUGUUCCAGGUGUGGCAUCUAUUGCUACAGGUGCAUCUACUGAUGGACAGUUAUUUUGUCUUAUGGUCAAAAUGCAGAAGGUGUAAUUCUUGUUCUUAAAACAGGUUUGUGUGACGUCCUAAUAUAUUAACAUUUUCUAAAAUAACCAAUAAAAAUAUAUUGUACUGUAAAUUUGCUGUACAAAACAUUUAAGUAGAAAAAUUGUACAGCAAAGAAAAUUUUGGCAAAUCUGGAAUUGAGUUGAUUAAAUUGAUUAUCAAGCUUGAGGAAA